CUUCGUCAAGUGCUUGUUAUUGCCAUGAUCCCUUCAAGAUCGAAAGCUCUCAAUAACCAAACACAAGCUCUCAUUUUUCACCAAUGCAUCAAUCAUAUUCAUUCUCAUCAAAACCACACCCUUGUUCGCAACAAACCCAAAACCAAAACAAGACGAAGAAUUCAACAGCCUCUGAAAAUUACACCACGGCCAAGAAACCCCAUACCAUUUGUGACCAAUUUAAAACAAAUACACGAUCCCGAGGAGGCAUUGUCCCUCUUUCACGAGUACCACCAAAUGGGCUCUAAACAUGAUUACCCUUCAUAUGCUUCUCUCAUCUACAAACUAGCACGUGCUCGUGAUUUUGAAGCCGUUGAGACAGUUCUUGGUUACAUUCAAGAUUACAAUAUUCGUUGCAAGGAAAUCCUUUUCAUUGCUUUGAUUCAACAUUAUGGAAAGGCGCAUUUGGUUGAUAAGGCCAUUGAACUUUUUCAUAAAAUAACUUCUUUUGACUGUGUUCGUACAUUACAGUCUUUGAAUACAUUACUUAACGUACUUAUUGAUAAUGAUAGGCUUCAUGAUGCUAAGGAAAUGUUUGGCAGUUUUCAUAAGAUGGGCCUUCGUCCAAAUUCGGUUUCGUUUAAUAUAAUGAUCAAAGGGUGGUUAAAGGAGGACAACUGGGUAGAAGCUCGUAGAGUGUUUGAUAAAAUGCUUGAGAGAAAAGUUCAACCAAGUGUUGUGACUUAUAAUAGUCUUAUUGGCUUUUUAUGUAGAAAGGGUGACGUUGAGAAAGCCAAGGGUUUGUUUGAGGACAUUGUUAAGAAAGGGAAAUACCCUAAUGCGGUAACGUAUGCAUUAUUGAUGGAAGGUUUGUGUUCUAUUGGUGAGUUUAAAGAAGCUAAAAAGAUGAUGUUUGAUAUGGCAUAUAGAGGGUGUAAACCUAAGCUUAUAAAUUUUGGAGUGUUGAUGACUGAUCUUGGAAAGAGAGGGAAGAUUGACGAGGCGAAAUCUUUACUUGGUGAGAUGAAAAAAAGGCGUUUUAAGCCGGACGUUGUGAUAUACAAUAUAUUGAUAAAUUAUCUUUGCAAGGAGGGUAGAACAACUGAGGCUUAUAAAGUUUUUGUUGAGAUGCAAGUUGGAGGUUGUGAGCCGAAUGCGGCUACAUAUAGGAUGAUGGCUGAUGGAUUCUGCAGAGUUGAAGAUUUUGAGGGUGGUUUGAAGGUUUUCAAUGCAAUGUUGACAAGUCGGCAUUGUCCUCGAUUAGAAACAUUUCGUUGUCUGAUUGAGGGACUGUUGAAGUGUGGAAAGAUUGAUGGUGCUUGCUUCUUUUUGGAGGAGAUGGAGAAGAGAAAGAUGAGACUUGAUUUAAAUGCUUGGGAAGCUCUAGUUAGGGAUGCUUGUGUUGGUGAUGAAAGUGUAGAUGGGCUUGUGAGUGAACUUGUAUAUGCACAUUAAAGGAUGAUAUGAGAAGGAGACAAAUGAUGCUGACCAGUUUUCAGCUUUUUUGUGGCUGUUCUACUAGUUUAUUUCCUGCAAUGCCCUGGUUUUAGCUAUGAUCUUUAUUUUGUUGCAAUUGUAGGACUUCUCUGCCUGGCAGCUGAUCAGGGACAUGAGGUUUCAAUUCAGCAGUAUUCAUGACAGAUAUAUAGUUUAUCUGGCCCUACCAGGGUGUGAGAGUAUGGUUGUGAUUGAUUUGUUGGGGAAUAGGAAAAUGAGAGCUGGUUUGCGUUACUCUGAAACUCCUGAUGGGUGAUCUUGUUGUGCUAAAGUUGUGGGUUGUCGACCUGUUGAACUAAUUUGCACAAAUAUAGACUUCGGUGAGAGCGGGAAUUUGAUACUUGAAACGUCGUUAUUUUGAUGCUCAGACCCUAUCCUUGCAUUUUGAUUAGAACUUGCCCCAAUUUUGUAUUAUUAUCUUCAAAGUUAUCAGCCGUUGUAGCUGAAGCCGUACUUGAAAGUUUAAAGGGUUCAGCAUUGAUGUCAUCCUUCAUCUAUGAGAGGAAAUUGAAUUCCUGUAAUAUGUGGAGGGGAUAUUCCGCUUCUUUUCAUGUUGGGAGAUCUAGAGUAAAAUCCAUGUAUUGGUAAAUUGGAAAACUUAAAUGCGAAAAUAGUGACAAUAUUUUUUACCUUUAAUCAACUUCCCCUGAUUACACUUUGUUCAACAAAGAUUCAGACUAUUUGAAACAUUUCCUAGGAAAAGUUAA